AAACAUACACGCACAUGACGUCGAUCUUUGCGUGAUGACGCAGUGUUGUAGGCUCGGCUAUGAUGGCAGCCGUGGGUUGACAUCGAUACAAUACUCCAUAUAAACUAUUUAAAAGUUAGAGGAACAGCCCCGACACAGUAACGUAGCACAAAGUACGAGUCUCCAGAUAGCACACGCUUUAAACACACAGCCGCCCGGGCUGGGGAACGUGGCACUAUGCCCGCAGCUACUGUGGAUCACAGCCAAAGAAUAUGUGAAGUUUGGGCCAACAACCUGGAGGAGGAGCUGAAGAGGAUCAGACAUGUCAUCCGAAAAUACAACUACAUCGCUAUGGACACAGAGUUUCCCGGUGUAGUAGCCAGACCAAUCGGGGAGUUCAGAAGCAACGCUGACUAUCAGUACCAGCUACUGCGCUGCAAUGUGGAUUUGCUCAAGAUAAUCCAGCUGGGCCUCACGUUUAUGAACGAGCAAGGGGAAUACCCUCCAGGGACAUCAACGUGGCAGUUCAAUUUUAAGUUUAACCUCACAGAGGACAUGUAUGCACAGGACUCCAUUGAACUCCUGACCACUUCAGGGAUUCAGUUCAAGAAGCACGAGGACGAAGGCAUCGAGACGCUCUACUUUGCAGAGCUGCUGAUGACGUCAGGGGUGGUGCUUUGUGAUGGGGUCAAGUGGCUUUCUUUUCACAGUGGCUAUGACUUUGGCUACCUGAUCAAGAUUCUGUCCAACGCUAACCUGCCGGAGGAGGAGGUGGACUUUUUCGAGAUUCUUCGAUUGUACUUUCCAGUCAUUUAUGACGUGAAGUACCUCAUGAAGAGCUGUAAAAACCUGAAGGGUGGACUGCAGGAAGUAGCUGAACAGCUGGAGCUGGAGAGGAUCGGACCACAGCAUCAAGCCGGCUCCGACUCGUUACUCACAGGCAUGGCUUUCUUCAAGAUGAGGGAGAUGUUCUUUGAGGAUCAUAUUGACGAUGCAAAGUACUGUGGUCACUUGUACGGGCUCGGCUCCGGCUCCGCCUACGUCCAGAAUGGAACAGGAAAUGCUUACGAAGAGGAGGCUAACAAGCAGCAGUCGUGACAUCACUCCGAAAACGUUUCCAUCACGCUGUUCACCUCCACAAUCAGUGAGGCGCCGAGCUUCGACAGCCGGAUGACGAUAAAAAUGGAAGAUCAUGAAACAUAUAUACAUCGUUUAGUGAGCUGUUUCUCAUAGGUUCUGCUCAUCUUAGAGUAUGAUGGUCAAAAAAAAAAAAGUCACAGCUGCCCUCACCACGUGCUGCUGUGCGUGUGUGUGUGAGUUUUGGUUUAGUUACAUCUGACAUGCUUGAAGAGAUGGGAUUUUAGUUUUCCUGAAAUGUUCUGUAGAAAUAUUUUGCACUUUAAAAGCUCUAACCUGAUUUUAUAUGGAAAGCUGAAAUGUUUCCGAUGUCUCGCUCCUCUUUGUUGCCUUGUCUGUGUUCCCGUUUUACAUCGCGAACAUGUGCUUCUUUACUAUCAUAACAAUUGUUCUCACCCUGCUCAGCCUUAACACUAGCUGCAUUCUUAUCUUUUAAUAGUUUUAAUUUAUUGCGCUAGUUAUCUGACGAUGAACAGUCGCCCCGUUCAACACUACACAUCACUGCGUAUCUUCCGGUUGAUGGGAAAGGGAGUUCUUCUCAGUGAGUGUGUUUACGUGCACAUGAGUAGUUAUUUAAAUUGAUUUCAUUUGUUAAUAAUAUUGUUGACAAGCUCUAUUGUGCAGAAACAAAUUUCCUCUGUUGUAGCUGUUUUUCUGUUUGUUUUCACGAUAAAGCUCAGAAGAGUUGGAUAUUAAUAUAUGUAACAAGAUGCAUACGGUGGGUUUUCAUUGAGGGGAAUGUUGAGUAUUUUUAUUUGUGCAUGUAAACAACCUCAUUGACACAAGCACAUAUGAACAAGGAGGACAUUGCCUCUCGACAUGGAUCUACCACAUCUAUAAAAACAAUGAAAAGGCACUAAAAGAAAAACAGUCAACGUGCUGAGGCUUCCCUGAACUGCUCUGCUGAGAGUAAGUUUUCAUUUUUAAUUAAAGUAAAGGAAUUGUAGAGUUUUAGUGUUAUAAUAAAAGAAGAAAAACUAUAACUUUUACUCAUUGGGAGGAAAACUAACAUUUGUUUUUAACGUUUCUCUCCAGUGCAGUUCAUUUCACUUGUAGUUCUGGCCUUUGAAUUUUUUUUCUUGCUUUCCAGAGUCAUGCUUCCUAGACCAGUCGCAUGUACUAAAACAUUUGAAUAAAUGCUGUGUUGUUUAAUAGUAUCCUGAACUUCCAUAUAGGUGUGUUGAAGUUGUAGGUUCACGACUUAUUAACCCGCCUCAGCGUCGAAACAACUGAGACACUUGUCUUUCUCUCUGCAGCACGUCUCACACUGCAAAGGAGUAAAAAGAAGAAUAUGCAAUAUAACAGGA